AGUUACCGCACGCCGCAAACAAGAGGAGAAACGUGGAGAUUUCUGUUCUUAUACUUCAUAUCAAAUAUUAUUAAUACGUUACGUGGAGAGAACAAGAUCAAUGAGAAGACAGUGUGGAUAGUAAAACCAUUCGUGGGAUAUUUUUAUAUAUGAGAACUUUUUCGUGUUCAUUUACAAAUGACUAGGACAUUUGAUCAAUGAUAUCACCAGAGCAGAUGAGAACCAAGUGAUCACCCCAUCCUUGGCCCUUCUGUCAAUCAAAGGUCCAACUGGAGCAAAGAGACGCCUCCUGCGUCCAGCUCGUAACAAACCCAUUUCCUGCUUGUGUUGGUCCCCGUGAGUGUUUCAAAACUGUUUCUCCAACGCUUUUUCCAGAAACUAAGACUGUUUUCCAAAGCAGAAACAGCACAGACCUCCCAGACUGAGGUGAUGGGAAGUGUGCGGGCCAACCGCUACAGCAUCGUGUCAUCUGAGGAGGACGGUAUGAAGUUGGCCACUGCUGCGGUGCCAAAUGGGUACGGUAAUGGGAAGGGUAAAGUCCAUACCCGUCACCAGACCCAGAGCAGGUUCGUCAAGAAAGACGGACACUGCAACGUGCAAUUCAUCAACGUCAGUGAGAAGAGCCAGCGCUACCUGGCCGACAUCUUUACCACGUGCGUGGACAUUCGCUGGCGAUGGAUGUUCGUUAUCUUCUGCAUGGCUUUCCUGCUGUCGUGGCUGUUUUUUGGAUGUAUCUUCUGGCUGGUUGCAAUAUUCCAUGGAGACCUGGAGAACGACGGGCCCAAGUGUGUCUCCAAUGUCAGCACCUUCACGGCUGCCUUUCUCUUCUCGAUCGAGACACAGACCACUAUCGGCUACGGUUAUCGCUAUGUUACAGACGAGUGCCCCAUUGCGGUGUUCAUGGUUGUAUUUCAGAGCAUAGUCGGCUGCAUCAUUGACGCCUUCAUCAUCGGUGCUGUCAUGGCUAAGAUGGCAAAGCCCAAGAAGCGGAACGAGACUCUGCUGUUCAGCCACAAUGCUACAGUGGCCAUGAGGGACAAUAAGCUGUGUCUGAUGUGGAGGGUUGGCAACUUGCGCAAAAGCCACCUGGUAGAGGCCCAUGUUCGAGCUCAGCUCCUUAGAUCCCGCACCACUGCUGAAGGAGAGUUUAUCCCUCUAGACCAGAUGGACAUCGACGUGGGCUUUGACAGUGGUAUUGACCGCAUCUUCUUGGUGUCACCGAUCACCAUCGUCCAUGAGAUCGACGAGGACAGCCCUUUCUAUGACAUGAACAAACAGGAAAUGGAGAACUCUGACUUUGAAAUCGUAGUUAUACUAGAGGGCAUGGUGGAGGCCACAGCCAUGACCACCCAAUGCCGCAGCUCCUACGUAGCCACUGAGAUCCUGUGGGGACACCGAUUUGAGCCUGUCCUCUUCGAGGAGAAAAACUAUUACAAAGUAGACUACUCUCGCUUUCACAAGACCUACGAAGUGCCCAGCACCCCACUGUGCAGCGCGAGGGACCUUGCUGAGAAAAAAUAUAUCCUAUCCAACUCAAAUUCUUUUUGCUAUGAGAACGAGGUGGCCCUUUCAAACAAAGAGGAGAAAGAGGACGGGAACGGGGACAGCCUGGGCCCUGGUGGGACAAACAUGGACACUAGCUCAGACUCUGACCACAGCCAGGCCACCGUUCCCUUAGAACCACGGCCUCUACGGCGGGAAUCUGAAAUAUGACUCUGCAGAACUAGCAGAAAGGUUUUACAGACACCUCUUCAUACAGGCACAUUGAGCUGAACUGAGCCCCUCGGCAAGGCAGACUCAAGCUAACGGUACAGUUACGAGGAGGAACGACAGAGAAACUGUACAAGAGUGUUCUUACGAGUAUGCAUGGUUAAAUAAAACACAGCAUAGAGGCACUGCACAGCUAACGAAGAAUACACAUCAAGGGAGGAAGAGAGAGAGAGAGAGAGAGAGAGAGAGAGAGAGAGAGAAAG